AUGGAGGAUCUGAUUGUCUCCCCAUCCUCAUCUUCUUCGAUCGUUUCUUUUCCCAAUACAAACACUCCUCCCCCUUCUGAUACAAUCCAGCAAAAACUCCAAAACCUGCUUCAAAACCAGCCUCAACCAUGGGCAUACGCAAUUUUCUGGCAGACCUUUAACGACGACUCCAACGGCUGUGUAUCCUUAUCUUGGGGAGACGGUCAUUUCCAAAGCAAUAACGACGUCCCAAACACCACCUUGCCCUCGUCUGGGAGUUCCGCCACCUUUCUCUCUGACUCCGAUCCAGACUGCAGGAAGUCUGUUCUUAAAGAAAUCCAGGCCCUCCUUGGACCAGACAACCGAGACGACGCCGAGUGGUUCUACGUUAUCUCCUUAACCAGAUCAUUUAUCCCCGGAGACGGUUCAGUUCCAGGUACGUCUUUCGGUUCAAGCUCUAUGAUCUGGUUAACCGGUGCCGAUCAGCUCCAGUCUUUUAACUGUGAGAGAGCUAAAGAAGCACGCAUCCACGGUUUGGAAACCCUAGUUUGCAUCCCAACACCAAACGGUGUUGUAGAAAUGGGUUCGUAUCAUGUCAUCGAGGAAACAUGGAGUUUGGCCCAUCAGGCAAGGUCACUGUUUGGCGGCGGUUCUUCUUCGGCUUCUUGUUCUCCACCUAAUACCCUUCCUAACUUCUUCCAUCACAAACACCAUGAAACCACGUCUACCACUAACCCUAUGAAGCUAGACAACCUCAACGAAGAACAUCAUAAUAUUAUUUCUUUUGCUGAUAUGGUACUUAUGGCUGGCGGAUUGCAAGAGGAAGAGGGUAUGAACAUGAUCGAUUUCGAAUCAGCAACAGCCGAUCAUCAGAUGUCCAAAAACCUUGGAAGAUCAUGCAUGAACAAAAACACCAUCCCCACUACUACUACGAAUACGUAUGUAGAGACUGGGUCGGAGCAUUCAGAUUCCGAUUGCCAGCUUGUUCUUGCUACGUCAGAAAGACGGAUGCAGAAGAAGAAAGGAAAGAAAACAGGUGGUAGGGAUCCACCUGUAAACCACGUGGAGGCAGAGAGGCAGCGACGUGAAAAGCUCAACCAGCGUUUCUAUGCGCUGCGCUCCGUGGUCCCAAACGUGUCUAGGAUGGACAAGGCGUCGCUCUUGGCGGAUGCUGUCUGCUAUAUCAAUGAAUUGAAAGGCAAAGUCGAGAAUCUGGAAUCACAGUUGCAUCCUCGCAGCAACAGCCAAGGUAAAACCAAGAGAGUGAAGGUGGAAAUGGCGGAUACGGUGGACAACCACCUUCAAAGCAGCAGCACUAGCAGUUUGUAUCAAGCUCGGGUGUCGACAAAACCAACAAUAAAGGUUAACAGCAAGACGAGUGGUUUCAGGGAAGUGGAAGUGAAAAUCGUGGGAGAGGAUGCAAUGAUAAGGGUGCAAUCAGGGAAUGCAGACUUGCCAGCAGCUAAACUGAUGGAUGCUCUGAGAGAAAUGAAAGCACAAAUACAGCAUGCAAGCAUGUCGUGUGUAAAUGAGAUAAUGCUACAAGACGUGGUGGUUAAGAUCCCUGGUGCCAUAGAUGAAGAUGAACUCAAAACCGAUCUCAUUAGGAGAUUAGACCGCUAG